GAGUAAAUAAAAAUGGAUGAAUCCCGGCCCCGCCUGGGGAGGUUGGAGACGUCAGCUCGCUUCUGAAGGGAGGAACGGCGACGAGACAUCCGAGGAAGGAGGACCGGCGAAGCACUUCUCUCCACCGACAACCGGCGAAGAAUCGGAGAGGGAAGAAUCGAAAUGAGCAAGAGGCCGCCGCCGCCAGACCCAGUGUCAGUUCUCAGGGGACACCGUGCUUCAGUUACAGAUGUUUGUUUUCAUCCAUCAGAAAGCCUAUUGUUCACAGGUUCUGCUGAUGGUGAAUUGCGCAUUUGGAAUACAGUGAAGCACAGAACAAUUUCAUCAGCAUGGGUAUAUAGUGCUCCCCACGGGAUAACUUGUGUUGCAGCUAGUUCUCUCAUUGGCGACAGUAAAAUUAUCAGGUUAGUUUUCAUUCUCAACAGGACUCCUUUAAUUACAGCAAAUACAAACUCUCACCACUUUUGUAAGCUAUCUCUAGUAAAGGUGCCAAGUGGAGCUCCAUAUAUUAACCAAGACACAGGGAGCAUGGAGAAUGUUGAUGAUAAGAAGGGGAUUGAUGAAGAUAAAGUACAUUCUCACAAACUCGAAGAUUGUGGGUAUUUUGCCGGACGGGGAUACUUUGCCAUAGCAGAGCAAUUAUCACAUAAGGUUGAGAUUUGGGAUCUCAAUAAUGCAAAGAGAAUUACAGAGUUGCCUCAGAGCUCUGGUGCUUCCUUGGAUCACUCUCCAAAGUCAAGAGGAUUGUGCAUGGCAGUUCAAUCAUUUUUAUCCCCUGAAUCUCAGGGGUUCCUUAAUGUUUUAUCUGGCUAUGAGGAUGGAUCCAUGCUUUGGUGGGAUUUGAGGAAUCCUGGUGUCCCCCUGACUUCUGUAAAAUUUCAUUCUGAACCAGUUCUAACCAUAUCUAUUGACGGAUCAUGCAAAGGGGGGAUUUCUGGAGCUGCCGAUGAGAACAUUAUGAUCUUCACACUGGAUCAUCCAACGGUGCUUCUCAAUUUUUAUAAAAAACUACUGUUAUUGCCGAAAUCCCAACGAAAGGGUACUUGUUUAGUCAAGAAGAAAAUUUCUUUGGAGCGACCAGGCAUAGCUGGAGCCUCAAUACGUCCAGAUGGCAAAAUUGCUGCCACUGCCGGUUGGGAUCACCGAGUUAGGGUAUACGAUUAUCACAAAGGAAAUGCUUUGGCUGUUCUGAAAUAUCAUCAGGGCUUGUGCACGGCUGUUUCGUUCUCACCUGACACCAAGCUAAUGGCCUCUUCUUCAGAAGAUACGACGGUAGCAUUGUGGGAACUUUAUCCUCCAAAGACAUGAGUCUGCAUGUGACUUAAUUGUAACACUCGAAUAUUCAAUGACAUUAGUCUGAACCAUUUCAUUGGUUCCUUCAAAACUUUUAUAUCCUCCUAAAAAAAAUUCUCAAGGCCAUGAGUCAUGAAGCACUUGCACCACACAAAUAAAAUAACUAAAAGAAGUGCGGUCACACUUAUAACCACAUCGAUAAUCAUAAAAGGUGACUCGACGAUCUGGGUAUAGUAUGCCAUGAUGAAAAAUGUUUGAUACUGAACUUAGACCAGAUGAUUUAUUAGGAGGUGGAAAGACGAUAUGUCCCUA